AUGAUGUCCCAUGAAGAGCCCCAAGUAAGGGGGGAGGAGGGAGGGGGUACAGAGGAGGAGGAAGGGGAUCUGGAAGCUCGCACAGCUGUGGAGGCUCUGUUGGCUCUCACCUCACCUAUGGACUACACCCAGCACCCUGCAUAUGAGGAUGAGUACAUCAUGGAGUCUGGGAUGGACCAUUAUGCAGACAAGUCACUGUCUUUUAAGGAGGCAUCACCAGGCAUGUAUGGUCUUCAGUCGCGAUCUGCAGACAUCCAGCCUGACGGGGAGGAAGCUAAUGAGCUCCAGGUGGUGGCAGCUCGGCCAUGCAGAGAGGAACGACAGGUCCUAGCUCACUCUGAGUUAGAACGCAAGGAGGUGGCCGCAGUCAUUUCCCACUCAAAUUCCAGUAAGGCUGAUGAAGGAAAUCCUCAGUUCAGAAUGCUUGCAGAGUUGCCAGAAAGCCUGAAGGGAUCAACAUUGAGUCUCUCAGAAACAGACAGCUCUGGGGAUGAGCAAGACAAGCUAUACAAGGACCUUUGUAAAGCUGCUCAACAGACUAGUAGACAGGAUGAGGUUUUGGGGUUUAGUAGUUCACAAAACAGAAGGCCAGGAGAAGGAACACUGAAAAAAGUAUGUGAUAGUACUGCAAGCAAGUGGUGUGUCAUGCCAGGUGAGAAAAUUUUAGAGGAAAAAUAUCAGAGAAGAAGUUCCUCAGAAAGCAGUGAAAGUAGUUUCAAAAAAAAUCUAGAAAGAACUUUAAGUGCAGGAAAAGCUCUAAUGGAACAUGGCACAUUGCCUGAUAAGGAUGGGGCUUCAAGUGCGACUGGAUUGGUGCCACAAGGACCUGUGAGCCUCAGGAGGGCCAGCCAGGAAGAAAUGGCAAGGGUAAAACGAAAACAGGAUAGUGAUGUGGGAUUAGGAUUUGUUUCUAAGGAGACUCCAGAAAAGAGUCUAGACAUAGAAAUGUUAAAAGAGACCAAGUGUUCAAGUGUUAAAGGUGCCAUGCUGGAAGAGGACUCCAAUAAUGAAGGAGAAGAUAAUGACACAGAUGAUGAUUCGGAUUCUGAUAGUGAUAGUGAGUCAUCAUCAUCAGAUUCAGAUGAUGAUGAGGAUGACGAGGAUGCUUCAGAUUCUGACAGUGACUCUGAAAGUGAUGAAAAGAGUGAGGAGAAAUUAAAGACAGUAGAAAGCAAGGAAGAUGAAAGCAAGGAAAUGGAAAAAGCUCAUGUGGAAAAGAGCAUCUUAGAGACUGAUCAUGAGAGAGUGAAAGUGAAGGAAACUCUUCUGCAAGACAAAGAAAUGCAGAGUAGUGAAAUUAAAGAAAAAAGUGAGGCAAAAUCCACAAAAACAAACCAGCCACAGAGUGCAAGUGCAGAGGCAAACAGUACAGGGAGGGGAGAUACAAGUAUUUGUGAUGCAAGAGUGGUGGAAGAGAAAGAGAAAUGUCCCCCAGCUGAAAAGGAGAAGAGUGAGGGGAACAGCAGUGUCCAAGGAAAGGCAGAGACCAGCACAAGUGAUACAAGUGUUCAAAGUGGAGGCAGGAAAGCGUCCUCUGAAAUUAGUGCAGGUGAAUCUGGGAAAGUUGUUAGGCAAAGCAAAGACCGGCGUGAGGACAGGAGGAGAGACACAGAGGCAAAUGGUGACAAAGAGAAUGAUUCUCCUAGAGAAAAUACAAAAAAUAUUGAUAAAAGUACAAAAAGUGACCGAAAAGCCCAGGCUAGCUUGAAAAAGCAGCAACCCAAGGGCCAGAAAUCAAGCCCCUUAAGUUCAGCCCCGGUGAAUGUGAGCGAAGUGGACCUGGUGCAGCAGGUUGCCGUGGCCUUUGCACAACAGCUGACAACCAUUCAGGGCAGCCAGGCAAAGCAGAGCACAGUAAAGUCUCAGUUGCCACAGGAGAGACCAGCGAAGGGAGAGAUGGAUGGCAAUCAGGACCGUGAAGACAAGAGUGAGCUAGACAUGACCGCUACCGAAGAAGAGAAGAUGGAGAUGGAAAUCGACGACACUUUCCCAAUGCCGAUUCAGGCAGAGGUUGUCAUGUCGGAAGGCAGCGAAAGUGGCAUCGAAUACGAGGACUUCGACAAGAGUGGAGGUAGCAAGGAGGAUUUCAGCUGGUACGCCAAACGAGAACAGCUCCUGGAUCAGUCGGAGAAAGAGAACCUGGAACUUGUGGCUUAUCUGCAGAGCUUUGUGAAUGGUGGAGGUGCAGGGGAGGUAGUGGAGUACCCCCCACCCAACAAUGAACUUCCCGGAGAGGGGGCCGACCUCACACAGUGGCAGCUGGACAGCGUUCACUUGCCUCCCUUCACCCCCAAUGUCGCUCCUCCAUCGUGGCUGCGGCUCACCAUUCCUGCCGAGGGUUAUCGGUGCCACUCGUGUGGGGACACAUUCUUCAUUGAGAGUUCUCUGGUGCAGCACAGGGAGCGUCGUAGCGUUUGGAUCAACCUGGAGUGUGGCCCCUGUGAUGCCAAACUGACUUUCUACAACCGAUGUGCUCUUAAAGAUCAUCUCCGCAAUCACAUGAUGCAAGGAGAAGAGGUGGAUGAGGAGACGGUGGAAGUACGAUCACUUCCUCUGCAGCUGACUAGGCUUCUCCAGCCCAUCCUAGUGCCCAUCCCACAGUCACUCAGGGGCAAUAAACAGCACCGGAGAUCCACAAAGAGCCGUGGAACUGUCAACAAAUUACCGGUGCUGAAGCCCAUAGGGAGGACACCAGCAAAGGUUUAUGGGGAAGACUAUCAGAACGGCUCUUUGGAAAACUUACUGGAGGAUGAGGAAGGCAAUGAAGAUGACCGCAGCCGCUUCAGCUCAGAGGAAAAGAUUCCUUUGGGCAUGAAAAGGCUCUCGCCAAGGAAACGUACUGUGAGGUGCUAUCUGUGUGAGAGGAUGUUUCACAGUGUGCGGGAAUUGAUGUCUCACAUGCGCACUGACCAGCCAUACUCUGAUCAGCGUGUGGAGUGUAGGAAGUGUCAGCUGGUUCUCCCAAGUGUGUGUGCUGCAAAGGCCCAUAUCCUCACUCAUCCUCCUGCCAAUACCUCAAACAUAUCUGUGUGUCCCGAAUGUGGCAGCCGGUGUGAUGGCCCAAGAGACUUCGUACACCACCUCAACACCUGCGGGCAUCAGUUCCGUCGAUCGGGCAUUGUGUGUCCCGUGUGCCAAGUGUGUUUUUUCAAAGUGCUUGAUGACUUCUUAUCGCACUGGAUCUCAGAGCAUUGUGCAAAGUCUUACGAGUGUGUUGUGUGUAGAAACACAUUCGAAAGUCUUGUGUUCCAUAAGUGUACAACACCGGGACAACAAGUCCUGGCAACAUUCCGCUGUUUGCUAACGUGUCCUUUGUGCUCAGUUGCUGUUCAGUUACAUGCCCAGGAAGAGCAUGAUACCAAUGGCAAAAUCAAGGCUCACCUGGCAGAUGCCCAUCCUUCUAUCAUAACUAGAGUCCAUUAUGUUUACAAGUCUAAGUUUUGUACUAACGCUUUCCGGUCUAAAGAUGAGCUUAGAGCCCAUCAUGAUCGAGAGCACAGAAGGGACAAUCACUACCGCACCAAGACAUGUACGCUGCACCAUGAAGUCCUGGGUUAUCAGCACCAGUAUUUUGGAGGUCAAGAACCCAGGAAUGCAUUUGUUACUCUUCCCGUUGCUCUUAGUGCAGAAGAACUGCACGAAGCCAGAAUAAGGGAUGUACCCACGGUCAGCAGUGUCAUAGACAAGACUCUCUUCCCAGAUGUGCCUCACCUCCAAGAAGUCUCAAAAUCAGCAAAGGCUGAAAAGCAGCCAAAGAAAGUGCUAAACAAAGCAAUGCCUGAAGAUUGUGAGGCAAAGGAAUCCUCAGGGAAAGAAAGUCCUGCCAAGAAGGACAUGGACCAGUUAGACAAGCUCCGCCCAAGUGUCUGUUACCGAUGUGGUUUUACAUACACUGACAACAAGGAUUUCAGGAGACACAAGCGUAUGUGUGAGGGGGAGGCAGCUGAGAGGCAGUGCCAGGUGUGUAGCUUGGCUGCUGUGGGGGAGGACUUUGCCCGUCACUGCCUCACCCAUAUCAGGGAUGGGUUGAUACUCUGCAUAUACUGCAACGGGAUACAGUUCAACAAUGCCACUGACUUAGAACAGCACUUUGAACUCCACGUCCAUGAACAGUUUUCAUAUCCAGCGAGUUGUGCUUUCUGUUGUACGUCCUUGCCUGAUGUACCAACAGCUCUGUCUCAUCUCAAUGAAGAGCAUGAUCCAUUCCACGUACCUUUUGACACCUCUGAAUUUGAAUGCGACCGCUGUGGCCGCCGUUUUCAUGGUGAAAGAGGACUGAGUGUUCAUUUAGGUCGCUGUACAUUAGGCACUGCCACUCCAACCCCUUCUUCUGCUGGUUGUCGCCAGUGCCAGGUCUGUACUAAAGCCCUCAUGCCAGAGAUGUUUGGACGCCACUUGGUGUGCCACCUGGAGGAAGGGCUAUUGGUGUGCAGCUUGUGUGAUGGCCGAACACUGCCCUCAAGCAUGGCACUGCUUCACCAUCUGGAGGAGCAUGCAACUGCCCUGGCAUAUCCUUCAAAUUGUCCAAUGUGUUCAUAUGUCAUGCAGGACAGCACUUCAGCUCUGACACAUCUCAAGGAAGAGCAUGGAUUUGGGAACCUUCACUGUGCUGAGUGUGACAUGCAUUAUAACUUUACAUAUCAACUGCAGCGUCAUACAGAUAUUGUCCACAAGAUAUGCCAAUAUGCCAAAAGACGAUAUAUCUGCUGGAUAUGCCGUGCAUAUGAUCAUGUGAAGAAGGAGACUCUCAUGAAUCAUUUUCGCACAGUGCAUGGACUAGAUCGAGAGCAAGUUGAUGAGAAGGCGAUGAUAAGGACUCGUGGCCAGGGAACAAUGCCUACUUCUCAGUUUAUCCCAACCAAGCCAUUGGGAAGCAAAGAAAUGCCAGGUGGGAGUCGACAGGAUGGUGAUACUGUGGCAGUCAGACUAAACAGAGACAAAGUGAAGACUUCUCCAGGCAAAAUGUCUAUUGGAUCUGGAGCAUCAUCUAAGCACCCAAGUAAUAAAUCCACACAAAGUUCUCCUGUGAAAAGCAUGGACAGUAAACCAACUAGCCCAACUUCUAUUAAAUCACCUUUAGGCAAAAGAGAAGAUGUGAAGCUCAAGGAAAAGACAAAAGUUCUCAUUAAAAGGUUACCCGAUUCCAUCUUAGAUGAGCAGUCUAGAUCAAAGAGGAGAAAAACAAGUACAGAAGAAGGGGACGCUGAAAAGAGUCCUAAAAGUAACACAAAGGAAAGAAAAAGGAAAAAAAAGGCUUAUAGGUGUGCUACUUGUGGAUUUGGCACCAACUCAAGUGAGAAAUAUGAACUACACUCUAGCAAGCACAAAGAGCCUGGGGAAGAUGGCGGAGCAGAGGGGUUUGUAUGCCAGGAGUGUGGUGCAUCAUUUGUCGUGGAACCCUCCCUUGCACGACACAUGUUCUUUGCUCACAAGGUAAAACUCCAGGUGACAGGUGAUGAGAGGAAUGCUGAGAAGAGUGAAGUCAAGGCUGAUGUGAAGGAGGAAACUGUUAUCCCCAUGGAAAGUGAGGAUACAGAAAAGGAACCAAUAUUUAAAGUGAAAGUAGAGGAAGAGGAAGAAGAACCAGAGGAAGCAAAGGAAGAAGAAAUAGAGAAGCCUGAAACAAAAGAUAAUGAAGUAGAUGUUAAAGUAGAGGAGGAAGAGACUCUUGCCAAGAGGAAAGUAUCAAGGGCUGCAGCAAAGAAGAACUUGAGGAAUGCAGUAUCUAAAAAGAGAGCAGAGGGAGGUUCACUUAGGAAGAAAGAGGAGACAGCAGUAAAUAAAAAGAAACCUGAAAGCAUCCCAAAAAAACUUCCAGAUACGGGGACGGUCAAAAGAAGAGUUGAGAGAAAUGUUUCAAAGAAGAAAGCAGGGAAGGUAGUGACCAGAAAUAAGAAGGAAAAAGAAGUAACCAGACCUAAGCAGGAAAGGGAAGUAGCAAAAAGGAAAGUAGACAAGAAAGUAGAAUUCAAAAAGAUUGAAGAUUAUGAAGAGGAGGAGAGAUUUGACAAUCAGUGUGUUGUUUGCAAGGAGGAGUUCACAUCACCAGUGGAACUCUACAGUCAUUUACGGACCCACGGAAUGGCCUUCCUAAAGCUAGGCCGCAAAGCCAGGCCCUUUGGCUUGGAGAAGACAGCUGAUCGAUGAUCUGCCUGUGACUUGGACAUAAUUUUAUGGGUGCUGUAACAGUGGGUGACUUGCUAGGUUUAGUGAAUGUUUUUUUUUAUACCUAAUCAGGAUUUUGAAAAGCUGCAGAAUGAACCUUUUACAUUUCUAUGCAACACUCUGGCAAACUUUAAAUCUUUUUACCAAUCAUUUUGGUUCGAAGGCAUGCCAAAGAAAGCAGCUACAUUCUGCCAAGUCUCUCACAUUUCUUUGUGGUGCCAAGAGAAUGUUAAAUACUCAUUGCUAAUUGACACCAAGUGUGAAGUCUUUCUUUUUACAGUUUUCUCAAGGCUGAAAUUAAUGUCCAUCUAAGCAUGAUUACCAACCAUAAGUUUUUGAUAAUCAGUGAAAGAGACUUUAUUAUAACAGUAUUUUUUGUUAUAAAACAUUUACAUUUUAUACUUAGCAGAAUAAGGAGAUAUUUUAUAAAGCACGGUUUUGUUCAGAGUUUUAUUAAUGUUAAAACAAGCAUUUUUCAGGUAUGCCAUAUGAAGUUUAUUUGAUAGUUAUCACUAUUACCAAAUUUUAAGAAGAAGAAAAUAGCCCAGAAUUAUUACAGCGUCAUAUAAUAAAGUGCAAUAUAUAUUGGUUUAGAAUGUAAAAAGAUGUUUUUCCAUGUUGUCAAACUAAAAUUGUAUUUAGUUUAUGGCUGCUGAUGCCAGAAAAGGCAGUGUCAGCUGUUGGCUUGUGCUCUUGGAUCAAGAUUUGUUAAUGUGAUGAUAAUCUGCAGUGUCUAGUCAUGUUACUGUAGUUUACAUGUUUAUUAUUAUUUUUUUUUAUUUAUUGAUUUUUUCCCCCCUGAUGUAUGGAAUAUUAGAAAUGGUUGUGCAUAAACUCCCACCAUCAUAUUUUUGUAAUUAAUUCAAAGAUUUUUUUUUUAUGGUGUGAUAUAGUUUUGUCUAUAUUAAACUGUCCUUUUAAGCACCCUAAACUCUCAUUUCAGUGUAUGCUUUGGAAAUUAUCAUAGAGACUAUGACUUUGUUUUCAAGCACUAUUUCUAUAAUUACCAGUAAGUCCAUGUCCUCUUCUCUCCCAAUUUCCCUAUGAUUUUCCAUAACAUCAGAUUUGAUAACAUCAUUGUCCCCAUUUGUCUUCUGCCAUUACAUAUGGUAAUGUGUGUCGGGCCUCGUGCAACCUGAAUGUAAAUGAGCUUGACAUACUUUACAAUUUCUGUGUAUAAUCACUAGGAUGAAACAGAAAAUACAAACUGUUUUCGUGCAUCCACUCUGAAUCUUUCCCAUUGCAGGAAAAUUUUGCCAUUUCAUUUGAUCAGAAACUGAUUAUAUGAGGAAGUUCCCCUCUGCCUAACUGAAUUACUCAGUUGAAAAAUGUCUGGCUGAUACAAUCACAAGCCCGUGGGACUUGUGCAAUCAUGUUAAAAAAAGCACAGAACAGUCUUUUAUUUCAGUAGAAAUAAAACUGAAACGUGAGGUGAAAGACUGAGGUUAGUAUAGGUAUUUGGAUGGUCAGUGUACUAAACUUCUUUUUGUAAUGUAUAGCAAUGAAACCGUCUAUGCCUGGCCACCACUAUGUAUAUUAAUCCAUAUGCAUUAUUUUGUAACAGCAAGAUUAUUCAUUUCCUUUUUCUUUCUUAUGUGUCUGGCAUUGUUGCUUUAGACAUGGCUUAUCAGGGAGGUAAGAUUUUAUUUAUAAUAGCAUUUAAAAACAAAGAAAAACCUGAAUGCCUCAUUGUUAUAUAAAAAAAGGUUUACUCAGUAUUUUAGGUUCAGUUUGAUUGUCAUUGAGAAUUCACAAUAUGGAACCGCAUCCCAUAGUAAUUUUAGCCAGAUACGGAAGCUAUGAUUUUACUCUCACUUUCUAAUACUUUUUUCUAUACUCUUCUCCCUCUGUCUCUUCCUUCCUUAAAAAUUAACUAAAUGUACUUUUUUCCCCUUUGUGGAUUGAGGAUGAUUUCAUGACCUUUUUGGUUAUUAUAUUCCCCCCUCCUUUUUAUUUAACAAGAACAUUGUGCUUUCUCUAAUCAUAUUGCCUAAGCUUUAUGUGGUUUACAUAUUUUUGUUUUUAACACAAAUAAUACUUAGUUGUGUUAAAUGCAUUUUGGGGUUAAUAUAUAUCUUUACAGGUUUUUACAAAAUGUGCCCUUGGACAUUUUUUAAAUUUAUAAUUUUGUAAAUGAAAGCAGUUAACAAGUGUUUGCCACAAGAGACAGUCAAGGAUUGCUUUCCUGUGUGUGCUCAUGAGUAACCUUCAGCCUAUAUUAUGUUUAGGCUUUCUUUUGUAUUGAUAUAUUGUCAAAUGAUUUAUAGAAAUAGUUGUUUUUAUAUUACAACAUUCCAUGGUUAUUCAUAGAAAUGUUAGUUGCUGGAAAUGAAAAAUGACAAUGAAA